GUUCACUCGACCUACCCUAGCGUGGUUUGGUUUGCAUAAGCUGGCCAAGCGUUGCCAAGCGCAAACUGGAAUUGACCUCAGGGUCCGUUCGUCGUAUGUAGAGUGAAUGUGUUAGUGGAGGAGGAAAUAUCCACCGCGACCUCGAGUCGCCACCACAAGGACAGCACAAUCUGAGGGAUGCAUGGCUUGUCCAUUUGGGUCAGCUGCAACCGAGGGCGAGUAGGGGCGUGAGACGAUCUCACGGUAGAAGAAAGGUGCAGCGAUCGAAUUUCGAGGCGGAACGGAGGGCGGAUGCAUUUUUUUGGGGAGGACUUGAGAAACUCGAGGCCCGGCGAGGGCGAAUGUGGUUAAGAGGCGUCGAGAGAGGGAGUAGAGAUCUUCAACUGACUUGAAGAGUCGAACUACCGUACAGUAGAUCUGCACCGAAGGUAUUUGGUUUCACCUUAGGCUCCGGCUCCGGUAUUUUUGAGGAAAUUUGAGUGCGUUGCAAGCCUUCUGGAGACGUGGAUUAAUCGGAUUUGAACGAGUCUUACGUUUAGGUGGUUCAUUAGCUUCGUGCUGUGAUGUAGCCUUUACUCUGUAGGUUGAGUUUCUGGCUGGGUCACGGAGUUCGAGCUGGAGAUGGUAGAAAUUGAAGGUCACCUGCUGCAACUAUGCGGAGGAUUGUUGACUUUGUUCGACGGCAAUAUAUAUGAGCAACUCUGAAUGUCGCUAAAUCGCCCACAUUAGUCCUUGAAGGCAUCAUCUUUGCACGCUGACCGAGCAGGUUGUCCUGGAUUUGUGAGAAGAUUACUUCCAGGCGUUCCAAGAACUGUCCGAUUUGAGGCAUGUUGAAGACGGAAAGAAGCUGGAUCUGACUUAAGCUGACAUGGUUGUGUUGGAGAAUAGUAAGCUGCGCCAUUCGACUAGAUGCAAGUGCUCACUUUUUUUACAAGGAAGAGACAUUUCUUCCUGGGAAACGUCGUCUCCCCACGGAGAACUAUGGGAGUAUGUGAAUGGCUUCUGGUGCUGACAUUCUAUUUUGGUGAAGACAUGGAUGACGAUGGUCGUUGAAUGCACUGGGCAAUACAUAUGGAGUUAAUUGACUCUGCCUGGAGCUGAUGUGAACACUGUACAUGGGCAAGCAAGCAAGCCGGCAAGCAUAGCCUUUGUUCUGAACUCUUUGUGCAAUUACAAAAAGUUGCAACUUGUACACAGGCCGGAGCCGCAAACGAAAGUUUGAAUAUUUCUCGUCUCUGUGACAUCGUGGUCACUCCGUAUCUGCAAUUAUGGACACAUUCAGCGUACCCUCAGCUGGCAUGUUGUCGAAACCUGUAUCUAACCGCAAAAACUCGUCAAGCGGGACCGUGAGAGAUCUUUGGGCUGCAGUGCGCACGGGCAGUGUACAUGACGUCGAGAUAGCUCUGCUUCAUUUGAAAAAACAAAAUGGGAACGUCAACGAGAAGAAUGCUUUCGGCUCCACUGCACUUCACAUCGCUGCCUGGAGGAAUCAUCUCCCUGUUGUGAGGAGGCUGUUAGCUGCCGGAGCCGAUCCCAACGCACGCGAUGGAGAAUCAGGAUGGAGCAGUCUUCACAGGGCUCUUCACUUUGGACACCUUGCUGUUGCUGGAUUGCUCAUCGAGGCUGGCGCAUCUUUGGUUCUUGAAGACUCUAAGGGCCGGACUCCUGUCGACCUUACCUCGGGUCCCUUGAAGCAGUCAUUGCUUAAUUCAACAUUUACAGGUGCGAAGGAAGUGUUUAGUUGGGGCAACGGCUCCAAUUAUCAGCUGGGAAUUGGAACCACCGGGAUCUUAAGAGUACCAGCUCGUGUAGACGCUCUGCAAGGAUGUGACAUUGUUUCUGUUGCCGCAGCAAAAUUCCACAGCGUCGCAUUAACAGCUACUGGUGAAGUAUAUUCAUGGGGCUUUGGACGGGGUGGUCGUUUGGGACAUCCGGAUUUUGACAUUCACAGUGGGCAGGUUGCAGUCAUUACCCCUCGCCAGAUUACGAACAGCUUUGGCUGUCGACCUGUCAGGGUAAUAGCUGUAGCGAAACACCAUACUAUUGUGGCAACAGAUAAUGGAGAAGUAUAUACCUGGGGUUCAAACAGAGAGGGCCGGCUUGGGUACCCACACGUCGAUACACAGCCAACUCCCCGCCGCGUUAAUACGUUGAAGGCCAAAGUGGUGAAAGUAGCUGCAGCAAAUAAGCAUAAUGCAGUUCUGACUGAAGCCGGGGAAGUUUACACAUGGGGAUGCAAUCUUGAAGGCCAGUUGGGCUAUGGGACAUCGAAUUCGACGUCAAACUACAUUCCCCGUUUAGUGGAAUGCCUGAAGGGAAAAAAAUUGACCUCUGUGGCGACAGCCAAGUAUCACACUGUAGUUUUGGGUGCUGAAGGCGAGUUGUACACAUGGGGCUAUAAAAUGGUCAAUCCCCGGCGCGUCGCAGUGGCAAGGAACACGAAGAAGGCCGGACCUUUACCUCUCAAGUUUCAUAUUUCAGAGCGGCUGCAUAUGGUGGCCAUAUCAGCUGGGACCACGCACAGUACAGCUCUAUCUGAAGAUGGUCUUGUGUAUUACUGGUUCUCCGCGGACCCUCAUCUACGAUGUCGACAGCUCUCUUCCAUGGCAGCACACCAGUCUGUUGCUUUAUCCUCAGGUAAGUAUCGAACCGGGUUGGUGACAUCAACAGGGGAUGUCUAUAUAUGGGACGGAGAGGAUGCCAAAGCAGAAUCACUUCCUGUACCUCACCGUGUCCAUGGAAUCAAGCACGCUACGCACUUGUCAGUUGGUGAAAAUCAUUCAGUGGUUGGGGCAGCAUUUGUCAUGCCAGAUUACCCGGUAGAUGUGUGUACGACGAGUUUAACGUCUGCCCAGCCUACUCGUAGUGUAGAAGAAGAUAUUGAUGUGGAUAGCGAAGGGGAGGAUCUGGAGAACUUAAGCCCUCGAAAAGCCGCUAUAGGUUUUUCUUCAGUGAGUAAGUCGGCACCAAGUCUAAAGAAUUUGUGUCAAAGAGUUAUAGCUCAGCAGGUGGUGGAGCCCAAAAAUGCCUUGCAGCUUCUGGAGUUUGCCGAUUCACUCGGAGCGGAUCUGCUGCGAAGGCAUUGCGAGGAAUUGGUUUUGCGAAAUUUGGACUACGUCCUCACCAUGGCUCCAGUGUUGUUUGGGCAUGUGAGACCAUCGUUAUUGGCUGAAGUGGAGAAAGCUUGGGAUGCCAGCUCUACGCAACCUUGGAGCCAUCGGAGGCUGCCCACCCCAAGUGCAACUUUGCCGGCCAUCAUUGAUAGUGAAGAAGAGGAAGAGGAUCGUGGCAAUGAACCUAACUCAAGAGGAUCAAAGCGGGAAGUAAGUCUUGGUUCUUUUAAUGAACGAAUGUUGAGUGAAGGCUUUUUACAAGCUGCAGACGAAAAUGUGGAAGCUAUCACAAAACAACUUCGGGCUUUGAAGAAAAAAUUGCAGCAGGUCGAGGCACUUGAGUUGAAGCAAUCAAGGGGACAUACACUGGAUGAUCAACAGCUUGCCAAGCUACGUACUAAGAGGGAUUUGGAAGAUUCGAUACUUUCUUUGGAAGCUGGAGUUAUUCCUGAGCCACUGAAAAAGGGUAACAAUCAAGAAAGUAGGAGUAAGAGGGAUGGAAAAGAAAAGUAUCCAUCUAUAGGCGAGAGCUCCAGCAGUAAGCCUGAUUCCACGAGACCCUCUCGAAAACUGGAGAAGAAAAAGAGCAAAAGUCAGACUUCAAGCGAUGAUUGGCGAUCGAAGAAGCUAGAAAACAACAUACAGAAAGGCCGUCCUUCUGAGAUGAAGGGAGCUACAUCUACACGUGAAUUUGAAAAUUCAGAAGUUGAGAUUUCAUCAUCCUCCACUUCGAGCAACUUCAAAACCAUAUCAGGCUUUACUUCUGUCAUGCCAGAAUUGACCCGACCAGAAUUAGAACGCCAAGGUUGUUCAUCUGGAAAAAAAGAAGGUGUGAAGGUUGGUGUGCUAAAGUAUCCCACUGAGCAGCCAGAGAAGUCACCACCUGUGCCUCGAAAAAUGACUGCGCUUGGUAAGAAAGUUGUGAAGGGUGGUCUUUCAGUCUUCCUCAGUGGAGCUUUAGAGGCACCAAAACCUUUGCCCCCUCCACCAGUCACGCCGAAGGUUGAAGGACCCGCGUGGGGUGGAGUCAAUAUCCCCAAAGGAUCAGCUUCUUUGCUAACAAUUCAGACGCAGCAAAAAUAUGAACCGAAAUAUGAUUUCGGUCAGGCGGUGAAAGUCGGAUCUGGUAAAGGUUUAGCAGGGGAUAAGGUUCACGUAACACCAAAACAUGCGGAGUCUGCUACAAUCGUCGUAGAAGAAACGGAGGCCAGUUCUACGCGAGUUCCUCUGAUACAGUUCGUUCGAACUUCUCCGAUUGCUGUAAACCCUCGCAGUUCGUCACGUGGACAACCCGACAAUAGUCCACCUCCAUGGGCAGCAGCUACUCCAGGAACAAAUGCGCUGUCUUUGCGGGAUAUUCAGAUGCAGCAGGUCAAGUCGAAGGCAAAUCAACGCACUCCUCAAGUCCGUGGCAGUCCUCAAUUAGGUAGCCCGCUUGGACCAUCUGUUCCUUCUACCGGCGGAACGGGUUCGGAAGCUAGUUCAACUGAUACACCAAAUCGGUGGUUCAAGCCGGAAGUAGCGGGCCCUUCUUCUAUACGAUGCAUUCAAAUUGAGGAGAAGGCUAUGAAGGAGUUGCGGCAGAUGUACAAAAAUGUGAAUGUAAAACUGGUGAGAAAUAGUUGACUUAGGUAGGUCUCUUUAAUUUACACACAGGUGGAUUUUCGAGUUCAAAGCCUAGACUGAAUGGAACUAAGAGAAUACACAAUGGACCCCAAGCCCUAAACCCUAGUUGUGCUCUAAUCUCAGAUGAAGCAUCUGGCUUCGCUCACCUUACUCACUCCAUUACUCCACUUGAAGACUAAGUGAAGUUCGUGGUCCUAUUACGAGGCCCUCAAUGUGUACACAAUUGUUUAUCGUUGGCAGGAUGGAACGGACAGUAACUGAGUUUAAGAAUUGUCCGCAUUCUUUCUGGUUUACCAACUGCUAUGAGGCCUACGGAAAUAAUUUUGUAAAAGUCCAAACAGGUUC